AUGUUGAACGCAGCGCGGCUGGAUUUUGACGGGCGCAUGGAUUGGAGCAAGGUCACCAAUGCUACAGAGUUCACCAGUUAUGACAUUUCUGCCACCGAAGAGAUUGUGCCAAGAUCACAGGGCAUGGACAUCGUGAUGAACAAAGAGUUUCCCAUCCCAGGCGACAUCAUCAGAGCCCUUCCGCCAUCGGUUAAGCUCAUUGCCGAGGCCGGCACGGGGUACAACAACAUCGACCUUGACGCUUGUCGCGAGAGGGGCAUUGCCAUCUGUAACGUGCCCGAGUACACCACUGAGGCAAUGGGGGAUUAUGCGAUCACUUUGGUCAUGGCUCUGUCGUGCUCUUUGGCGCCACAGAUGAAGGCGUUGGCGAAGGGCGACCGGACCUACAUGCACCAAUGCCAUCUGGGACAUUUGGACCACUUCGAGAUCCGGGGCAAGACUUAUGGCAUCAUUGGUGGCUUGGGGUAUAUUGCGUCAAACAUCUCCAAGAAAGCCCUGCAGCUUGGGAUGAAGGUCAUCGUUUCGGACAUGCCUUCCACCCCAUUGGGCAUGCGCGACUCAGGCGUGGAGGUGGUCACCUUGGACGAUUUGCUGAAGAAGUCGGACUUCAUCAGCCCUAUGGUUCCUCUGAACAAACACACGAAGGGCCUUCUGAAUUCUGAGUGCUUCGACAAGAUGAAGCCGAGUGCAUAUGUCAUCAACACGGCGCGGGGACCCAUCGUUGACCAAGACGCCCUCAUCGAUGCCCUCCGCAAGAAGAAGCUAGAGUUGAAAACAAUAUUUGCAAGCUUUUUGUUUGAACCUUACGGUUUGACAAGCAUGAAUAUCUGCCGACUGCUGUCCUGGGAGGUUUGCAUGUUAGAUUAA